GUAGUAUAUUUUGUAAACAUAGGUCUUCGCAACACGUAUCUCGGCAAUCCCAAUUAUUUUCAUUUUUAAGCCUUUUUCCAACACGAUGUUGUGAUGGAUGAAGAACAUGUAGAAGAACAGGAAGGCAAUGCUAACAAUGGAGAACAGGUUGAACGUUUGCCAGCACUGAGGUCUUUAUAUAGCAGGGUCCAGAGUUUUGUUCGGUUUGUUAAUCGCACACAAAGGAGUGUAGAUGUUUUCUGGCUAAAUUAUCAAGGAGUUCGACAAAGGUAUAAGCGGCUUGAGCCAAGGGAGCAGUUGAAGAUCAGCACCUACGUCUCCCAUCCCUGGGUUUUCCAGGACUCGGAGACGACAGCCAAGUUGGUGGUCAACUCAGAAGACGUCUUUUUCCCCAAGCCGUGGUACGAGGGGGCCUUGCAGGAGGGACAAGGCAUUCAGGGUCCGGUGUCUCCACGUCACAUCACUGUUUACAUUAGUAUUCCUCUCUAUACUCUAAAGGAGAGAGCAACGCAGGUGAUUUGGUCACACCUACGAGACCCGAAAGACGCCUACAAGUUAGACAUCCCUGCAAUACUCAUGAGUGGCAUUGCUGAGUGGGCUGCCUGAGGGGAUCUGAUUGUUCUGAGCUGUUGUGCUUUGGUUGCGCAAAAAGCUAUUCAAGAAGUUGUGGAAGGCCGUUGAAAGUAGAGAAGAUAUCAUACAAGAACCAAAAUGGCUGGAACAGAGAGGCUGGAGAAUGUCAACCCCCACAUCUUUGCCAAGGCCGGGGAGAGGCUAGCAAGCCCAACUGACUGGGAUGAUAGCGUAUACGAUCCAUUUGAUUCCCGUGAGAUCUUUGACUUGAUCAGGAAUAUUCGUGACCCGGAGCAUCCCUUGACCCUGGAGGAACUCAAUGUGGUAGAGGAGAAUCAAUGUGAAGUGAGUGAUGCAGAGAACUUCGUCAUGGUACACUUCACACCCACAAUCCCUCACUGCAGUAUGGCUUCUCUUAUUGGCCUUAGCAUAAGGCUCAAACUGCUUCAUGCAUUGCCUGCAAGAUUUAAAGUAGACGUCCGCAUUUCACCGGGCACCCACGCAUCAGAACACGCCAUCAACAAGCAACUCAAUGACAAGGAGCGUGUGGCUGCAGCUUUGGAAAACUCCCACCUCCUAGAAGUCAUCAACAAAUGUUUGAAUCCACGUUGACAUGUGCACCAUUGAUUGUUACUCUGAGAGGGAAAAUUGAGGAAAGGCGUUAAUUUGAGGUGAUGACUCGGGAAGCCUGGAAUACUCUUUUUUUCUUGUAUUUUAAUAUGCUUUGUGUUACAUUGUGUAUGAAGUAUUUUAAUAUUAAGAAGAGAUUGGAGCGAAGACAGGAGUUUGAGUUGGUUUCUGUAAAAGGAAAUUUGCUUUUCUUUGUUUUCUGCUUCCUCUUUCACCAUCUUUUCUUCCUUCCCUUCCCUUUUACCAUUUUUUUGUUCUCCUGCAAUCUUUUUUUAAAGUUUUCACUUUAAAAGGUAAUUAUGAUUUACAUGUUGUGGCAAUGAUUUUCAUUGUGUGUGUGUAAUCAAGUUUAGUAUUUGUUUUAACUGUUUGUAUUACAUAUGUUUUGGUAUUUUUGUUCAACUUUGAAGGAAAACAGGAAAGUAAAUUAUUAACCAUUUGUAGUUUUAUGAUUAUUUCAAGCUAGAAAAAGAUUCUGUAAUUGAUCUGAAUCAGGGGCAGGUCCAGAGAAUUUUCUGGUGGGGUAACAAUAAAUCUGGGGGGGUUGCCCAAAAGAAACAAAAAUUAAGACUGCCUUCUACAAUAUUUAUAUUGUACAGUCACACAUUGUUUAUAUUUUCAUCUUGCUGUGUGAGUAGGAAGACCCACCUCUGAUCUGAAUUCAUUCCAUAUGAAUUAAGAAGUUAAUGUUACAUUCACUACCAAGGGUUGACAAAAAAUGGAAAAUGUCAAAGACAUGCUGAAACCAACUAUUUUAUUUUGUUUUUGGUGUAUUUUAGUCAACUGAUAAUGCACAUAGGACCAGCAAAUAGCAAUACAAGCUCUUCCAAUUUUGUGCUCUAUUUACAUUUUUGUAAUCCCUAGAACCCUCUGUAUACCUUUAUCUUUUCUUUAGGUAUUCAGUGAAAUGCAAAAAAUUCCCAGAACUGCCAUCAGUAGAAAGAUAGAAAGAAAGAAAGAAAAAAGAUUUUUUGAAAGAGAAAUGUUUUUGUAUCUUAUUUCUCAAAGUGAAGUAUUAAGUAUUCUGCAAUAACAUGCUGGAGAAUUGCAUGAACUAUACAUAACUAUGCAUACUGUAUUAGAUAUAUUAUACAGUCUGUACUAUGUGAGUAUUGUAGAUUGAAAUCUAGCUUAAGCUAUUAAAUUUUUAUUUCAUAGAUUUGAGAGAUUUUGAUAUACUUGUCCAUCAUGACAGUAAUGCAAUAUAAAUACAUUAUGUAAAAUUCACCUUUAAAACUAUACAAACUAUACCAAUAUAAAGAAAGAAAAAAGAGAGAGAGGGACAUAUCCUACUAUAUCUUUACUUAAAAAGAAGCAUUUAACCAAAUAAUGAUUUGUAAUAUAAUUUAAGUUAACUUUGUUUCAUUUAAAAUAUAAGUUGGAGUUGCAAUAACUCAAAACCAGACAAGUUUUUAACAGUACUCUCUCAACUGAACACAUUUUCUAUACAUUAUACACUAAGUAUAUACUAAUAGGUAAUGCGGUACAUACAAUACAAUCAUAACACUGCUUUCUAUGGUACACUGAUAUACAUAUAUAAUAAAUACACUUUACUCUUUACACCCAUUUUCUAUAUAGUACAAGUAUACUAUAUGAAUACUAUUCACACUGUACACUGUAAUAAAUCACUCAUAUAUUUGUACUUUACUAAUGGCUUGUGAAUUAUGCUAUACUUUUGCUAUACUACUGCUGUACUUUCUUUACAAAACAAAUACCAGAAUUACACAUACUAUGCAUAGUUUUGCAUGAACUAAAGUGAAAAUAUUAUUAAUUCAGUGUAAAAGCUUCAUUAAGGAAAAAGUAUGUAUUACUACACUUCUCCCUGUGAGUGUUGUUGUAGAGGCUGUUAUUUAUGGCAGAUUUGUGAAUUUCUUUUUAGACAUGUUUUGAUGCUGGCUGUAUUAGUUGGCAGUUUUCAUGUUUGUUAUUAGUGAGAAAAGAUUUGAGCUCACAUAUUGAAGAAACUUUUUUAAAAAUUGGAAUAACGGAAAAACACGCUUACACAUACACACAUACGUGUAUAUAUUUACAUACUUUCGUAUCUAUAAAUACAUUACCAUUUCUAGAAAAGACAAUGAAAUUUAUCCUCACAUGGUUCUUUUGUGUACCAUGAAGAUAUAUGCCAUAAUAGUGUUAAUUAUCACUUAAUAGUGAGAUAUAGAAAAAAAUAUGUAGUGUAAGAUUUAUAUAUAUCCAUAGACUAUAUAAAGACUAUUUUUGGAGCAUGGAAGGAUGCCUUUUUCAAUAUGCCUGUCAAAAAAAAAAUUCAUUUUUAUAUAAUUAAAAAAUAUUUCUAAAUUGUGAUCUCCCAUGUUCCAUUAAAUUAUUUUUCUCA